AUGAAAAACAUCAGUUGGAUUAGAAAGAACUGGCUUCUUGUCGCUGGGGUUUCUUUCAUAGGUGUCCAUCUGGGAACAUACUUUAUACAGAGGGCUGCAAAACAAUCUGUGAAAUAUCAGUCUGGAGGAAACAACGUAUUGUUGAAUAAUGAAGUAAAAUAAAUGUUUGGAAUUACUAA